GGAAGAUGGAAGAAGAUGAGGUCGCGGAGAGUUGGGAAGAAGCGGCCGAUAGCGGAGAAAUAGACAGACGGCUGGAGAAGAAGCUAAAGAUCUCUCAGAGGGAAAACAGCAAGUCAAGGUCGCCUCCCAAAGCCCCCGUGGUUAUCCAGGACGACUCCCUUCCGUCCGGCCCUCCUCCGCAGAUCAGAAUCCUGAAACGGCCAACGUCCAACGGUUUGGCCAGUAACCCGAACGCCUGCAGCCGGCCCGCCGCGCCCGUCAAGUCAUUGGCACAGAGAGAGGCGGAAUACGCAGAAGCCAGAAAGCGCAUCUUGGGCAGCGCCAGCCCAGAGGAGGAGCAGGAGAAGCCGGUUGCGGACAGACCCGCACGGAUCAAUCAGGCGGAAGAGAUCCGGCAGCCGAACAAUGUGAUCCGGCAGCCGCUGGGCCCCGACGGUUCCCAAGGCUUCAGACAGCGCAGAUAAAGAUGAAGGAGCGAAGCCGCACCGGGUUGCACUGCCCUGUCACAACAAUGGAUCUGAGCAGAGGGAACGACUUUGUUUUCUUGCACUUUGACGCCCUUUUUGCUCCGCCCACUGUGACCUUAAAACCUGCGCACUGUGACCCCCUCCUGCCACCCCUGUAGCUCUGACCACUGUGAUUGGCACAUUGCCUCGGGCUACCCCAGUUCCACCAAGGGCAAGCAUGACUGCAUGUGCCGCGUGGGCGGGGCUUCGUAACGAGACCGCCCCCGAGUGUAAAGGGAGCAAAGGGGGUGCCACGUGCCUCUGACUGCCACUUCUGUCGAAGUCACCGCCAGCAAUAAUGUUCAUAAUCAUUCUGUCUCCGGAGGGGAGUGGCUGCCCCCCACCCUUUAUUACAUAGCUAUUGUCCUUAGGAAUGCAUGCCAAGCGUCGGUAGCGGGCAGAGGGGGCCCCUAGUCCGGGGGCCACACAGAGCGUGCAUGGGAAGGCUCAUUUUAAUCAAGACAGAUUUGUUUUAACAGAGUUUAUAUUGGUGUAAAGGGCAAGCGGGAAGGUUUUAUUGUCUAUGGAUUCGUGGGCAGAGCCCCCUCCGGCAAUGGGGUCUGUAGUGGACAGUUCUGGUGCUUGGCCAAUCAGGUGUGUUCAAGUUGGUAAGGGCAUUGAGCUUGUUAAAUUAACCCCUUGGUGUGCGGGAUGGGGCGGGAUGCAUGUGCUGCUAUUGAGCAUGGCUUCAGAAUCAGGAUGGCUGAGCGGCUCAGGAACUGCCCCUCAGUGAUGGGGGGGGGGAAGAGGUAUUUCUGCCGGUCGGUACCGGUACCGGCUCGGGAUCCGAGGAGUCGGCCAGAAGGCUGGCAUCUCAAGGCCUGGGCUGUCCCCAGAGUACAAAGAUGUGGAAUGUGUAGACGCCUGGCAUUCUUCUGCCCCAGUGCUGGGCAUUACCGGCCCCUGCUGCAGCCGUGAUUGGGCAGUCAUGGGGAGGGAGGGGGGUGCUGGGCAUUACCGGCCCCUGCUGCAGCCGUGAUUGGGCAGUCAUGGGGAGGGAGGGGGGUGCUGGGCAUUACCGGCCCCUGCUGCAGCCGUGAUUGGGCGAACCGGGCAGCCAUGGGGAGGGAGGGGGGUGCUGGGCAUUACUGGCCCCUGCUGCAGCCGU